AGUCCGCCUCUCUGCAGAAACCGGCCCAUGAGUAGGACCAGCCAACCGAACACGCCGUGUUGACUUUAACCAGAAGGUGUGCUGACAUCUCCUCUGAAGAUAUGAUUGUUGAGAUUUGGAGAUCCUUGAGGAUUAUGGAAACUCUGAUGGAGGUGUUUUAAGUUUGAUUGACAUUCGGACAACCAGUAAAGCUUGUUGUGGGCGGAGCCUGUGGAGCGAAAGAGGAAAGCUCUAUUUUCCUGUGCUGAAGAACUGAAAUACAACGAUCCUGGGAUAUUAUCUGCUGGAGUCGGUGAAUGUAAACUCAUCUUCAGCCUCAGGAUUAUGUUGGUGCGUGCUCGCUCUGAGGAUCUGAAGGAGGAUCAAAAUGCUGAAAUGUAAAGUUCAAAGUUAUUUCUGCUGCCUGUGGUUCACCUCGCUGCUGCUCCAGGAUCUGAGCAGAGCAGCUCCGGCAGAGAGCCAGUCCGCCCCUUGUAGCAUCUCUGUGUCUGAGCCAGAAUCCAACCUGGACUCCAUCUCUCUAACCAUCAACACACCCGGACACGACUGCUCCUUCACCCUCACGUCUCCUGACACAGGAGCAGACGGCGCUGAGUGUAAGAACAGAAUAACGACGAGUGGACAUGAGGAGGUAGAGACGAAUGAGAUCAAAGAAAAGGAGCACACAGAGGAGGAGGUGAAGGAGGAGAAAGAAGGGAACUAUCUGGGGACCAAUCAGCUAGGAGUUGAGGAUGGAGGUAACAAGGAGGCAGGAGGUGUUUUCACGUGUGUGUUGGAUCACCUGGAGCCAGGAACCGCCUACCUGCUGCAGGUUCAGUCUCAGAAAGACGAGGAGACCAUCAACAUCACCGUGCACACCCGGCCGUCAGCAGUGAGCGGCCUGUCAGUGACCUCCAGGACCGGCAGCAGCCUGGGCCUUUCCUGGCAGGCUGGCCCAGGGAGGACGCAGCGCUUCAGGCUGCAGCUUCAGGAUCACACCGGUCUGCUGAGGAACGAGACAUUAGAAAGCACAACAACCCAACACACGGUCGCCCACCUGUCACCUGGAUGCCUGUACAAUAUAACCAUGGUUACAGAGGCAGGUGGACUGCAGAACAGCCUGACGAUGGAGACUCAGACAGUUCCUGCUUCUGUCACCAAUCUCACCGCCAACAGUAACAGAACAAGCAUCCUGCUGUCAUGGCAACAACCUGAAGGCGACCUGGACGAGUUGGAUGUGAGCGUCUCCACUAAUGGCACAGGCCUUAAAGAGAUAACUCUUCCUCCGGACGCCACGGAGGUAUCAGUAGACCAGCUGACCCCAGGCUCGGCUUAUCAUAUCAUUGUGAUAACCAGGGCUGGGAAACUAAAGAACCAAUCAGAGCUCAGCGUCAGGACAGCUCCGGCAGCAGCAUCCCAACUCUCAAUGUCCCCUUCCUCUAACGAUGGUGGCCUCGUCUUGUCUUGGACGCCCCCUGCGGGCCACUGGGAGAGCUACAGGGUCUCUCUGUUUGAUGGAUCCCUGCAGUUAGUCAGCGUCGCUCUGGAUCAAGAGACAGUGACCUUCAGCUUUCCUGGGACGGGACUAAUACCUGGAAAACUUUACAGAGCAGAGCUGGAAGUGGAGAGUGGAGGACUGAAGGCCGAGAGCAGCUGUGAAGGGGCAACAGCUCCGUCCGCUGUGUCAAACCUCAACAUCCGACACUCUGACGAGACCUCGCUCAGCGCCAUGUGGAGCCACGCCCCCUCUGGGUCACGAGACAGCUAUUUCCUGACUCUCAGCCACGGUAACGUCACUGUGGAUACCAGGGAGGUGGAGCCAAACAUGAGGGAGUGCACCUUCAAUGUGCUCACACCUGGGAGGCGUUACAACAUCACCGUGACAACCAGGAGCUGGAAACUGAACAACUCAGUGACAGUGGAGGGGAUGACAGUUCCCAUGGCCUUGCGAAGCCUCACCUUGAUGAGCUCUGGAGUCCACUGCCUCAAAGCAUCAUGGGAGAAACCACCUGGAGACGUGGACUCGUACACGCUGAUGCUGCUGCAGGACGGUGUCCUGGUGAAGAAUGUCAGUGUUCCUGUUGGUUCUUCUUCUCUGCUGCUCUCUGGUUUGGCCCCCGGCGCCCUCUACAGGCUGCAGGCUGCUACUGUCAGUGGAGGGUUUCAGUCUGCAUCCAUCAGUCUGGAGGGACGAACCACCCCGGCGUCAGUCUCUGAAGUAACCGCUGCUAAUGGCGGCAGAUCGGACGCUCUGCAGGUGUCAUGGCGUCCGUCUGUGGGGGAAGUGGACAGCUACCUGGUGCGUCUUCAGCAUGGGACUCGAACCGUCCACACGCUGGCUGUGUCCCGCUCCUCGCCACCAGAGUGCUCCUUCAGCUCGCUGGUCGCUGGGAGGCUUUACUCGGUCAUCAUCAUAACAAGGAGCGGCAGCCUGGAGAACGCCACCGCAGUCCGAGCUCGAACACAGCCGGCUACAGUUCAAAACCCGACAGCGGUCCACUCGGCCAGAGACGACUUCCUCAAGGUGUACUGGCGUCACGCAGCAGGAGAUCUGGACCGUUAUGUGGUUCUGAUCCGCUACAACAACAGCGUUCUGCAGAAUAAGAGCGUCUCCGCCGGACAUAACGAGUGCGUCUUCUCGUCUCUGACCCCGGGGAGACUCUACAGCGUGAUCGUAGAAACCUGGAGCGGGGACUACGUCAGCAGCAUCUCCACCGACGGACGCACCUUUCCAGCAGCUGUUGGAAACCUUUCAGUAAGCAAUGCAGGAACAGGAGAUCUGACCGUCACCUGGAGCCCCGCCCAUGGAGAUGUGGACCACUAUGAGGUGACGCUGCUCUUCAACGACACCCGGGUUUUCCCUCCGGUCACUCUGAGCAGCGAGGAGCGCCAACACCGGCUCACCUCGCUGAACUCCGGGCGACUUUACAAGAUCGUGGUCUCCACGUUCAGCGGGCCGUACCAGAGAGCUCAGUUCAUUGAGGGGCGCACAGUCCCCAGUGCAGUUGGGAACUUGCGUCUGGCUCCUCAACGCGGUGGGCUGUUGGUCACCUGGACCCCUGGAGGAGGAGACCUGGACAUGUACACCGUCUCUUUAUCGACCACGGAUGGUGCUUUCGUUGAGACCCGUCCCGUCCCUAAACACGUCUCCUCCCUUGACUUCCUGAAUCUGAUCCAAGGAAACGCUUACACCAUCACCAUCCAAUCAAAGAGCGGGAAGCUGACCAACAGCAACAAAGCCACAGGCAGAACAGCUCCAGCCAGCGUCACCGCCCUGCAGGCCGACAACGACCACACCACCCACAGCCUCACCGUCAGCUGGGAGAGGCCGGUGGGCGUGUACCACGGUUACAGCCUACAGUUAUUGGACGAGGCAGGUGCCGUUCUGGCCAAUCGAUCGAUCCCAGCAGAGGGGCGGAGCGAGCGUCUGGAGGGUCUGACAUCAGGGAGGUGGUACAAAGUGAGGAUGGUGACGCUCAGCGGGGGAGUCCAAUCAGAAGAGGCCACAGCGGAGGGACAAACCCGUCCGUCUGCAGUCAGUAACCUCACCGUCACCUCCCUCAACACGUCCUCUCUCUCCUUCUCCUGGAGACCCUCUGACGGACGCGUGGACAUCUACGACCUGUCGCUCUACAACGUCACAGAGGCGACAGCCAAUCACAGACCGGACGCUGCAGGAGGCAGGAAGGAGCAUCAACAGGUGUUGGGGGAGCGUGUGGACCUGCAGAAAGUCGGUCCAGCUGCAGACAGCUGUGUGUUCUCCGGCCUGGGAGCAGGAACUCUGUACAGACUACAGGUGGUGAGCUGGAGCCGAGGAAUGAACAGCGACUCGUCUGUACUCGCCAGAACCGUCCCGUCUGCAGUGAAGUCUCUCAAAGUUCGGAGUUCGGAACAAACGGACCGACUGAUUGUAACGUGGCAGCACGGCGCUGGAAGCCGGAGCGGUUAUCAGGUGAUCCUCUACGAUGUCUCUGGAGCCUCCCUGAGUGCUCAGACGUUGGGGGCGGAGCACACGAGUCACAUGUUCUCUGGGCUGAUCCCUGGUAGGCUGUACCGUGCUGAGGUCAUCACACACAGCGGGGAGCUGACCAAUAACAUCUCCUCACUCGGACGACCAUCUCCAGAAUCGCCCACCCACCUGUCCGUCAAACAAGGAUCGACCAAUGACACGAUAGAGUUGUCCUGGUCUGGUCCCGCCUCCGGGGACUACCACAGCUUUCACCUGCAGUGGACUCCUCUGGACCAGCUGUUAAUCACACAGACUCACCUGACCAGUCGAAUUGUAGGCGGGAUGUUUCCAGGGCGACAGUACAACUUUACCGUGGAGACCGUUAGCGGGGGCGGAGCCAGGAGCUUACCUACAGCCAGGAGUCAGCCAAUCCAGAGGAGCGUGAGGACAAGUCCGUCUCCUCUCAGGGCCAUCCACUGCUUCCCUCUCUCUUCCUCCUCCCUCUCCUGCUCCUGGUCGCCUCCUUCCUCCGACUACGACUCCUACGAGGUUGAGUGCCGACGCCACGAUGACGGCGAGCUGACCUCUGCUCUGAGGCUGGCGGGUGGCGUCACUGCGGUAACGCUGGAUCACCUGGAGGCAUACAGGAAGUACUCGGUGACGGUCAGAGUGUCGUCAGCCGGGCAGACAAGUCCACCGUCUACACACACAACCGUCACCAUGAUAGACCGCCCUCCGGUCCCGCCCACAAACGUAUGUGUCAGCGAGAAGUCGUCAAAGGUCACAUCAUCCUCCAUCUUGUUCCGCUUCAACUGCUCGUGGUUCAGCGACGCCAACGGAGCCGUCAGAUACUUCGCCGUGGUCGUGGCGGAGUCUGACGCCAAUGAGAUGCUUCAGCCGGAGCAGCGUCACCCUCUGCCCUCGUACCGUGACUACAUCAGUAACUCCUCUGUCAGAGCGUAUCAGACCGCCUACUUCUCCAGCCGCUGCCCGCAGGACACCGAGGCCUCACCUGGACAGGUGAUCGAGGUGAACCUUGGGGCAGGAGGGGAUCGACUGGGAGGGGCCUGUGAUCAUUACCAUGACGACGACCUUUACCUGAGCGACAGUUACGGCGGCUUCUGUGACGGGCCGCUGAAAUCCAAAACCUCAUACAGGCUGAGUGUGCGAGCGUUCACCAGACUCCUUGAUGAAAACCACCGAGAGUUCCCUGAGCCUCUUUUCACUGAUACUUACCUGUCUGCUGCUCUCAGGACACAUGCAGAGCCUUUAGGGGGCGUCGUGGAGGGUUUGAGUGCCGGGAUGUUCCUGAUCGGUAUGAUGGUGGCCGUGGUCUCUCUGCUGGUCUACAGACAGAGACUACGCAAAGUGGCUGUCCAGGAAAACCCAGUGGUGAGGAUGAGUAUGUGGAAGGAGGUUCCAUCUACAGGACUGUAUGUGGGUGUGAGGAGUAACCGUCGGGUCACCAGUCCUAUCAAAGCGUGCCACUUUGAGUCCCAUCUGAACAAACUGCAGGCGGACUCUAACUACCUGUUGUCAGAGGAGUUUGAGGAUCUGAAGGACGUUGGACGGAACCAGAUGAUGGACGUCGCCCGUGUGCCGGAGAAUCGAGGGAAGAACCGCUACAACAACAUCCUUCCCUAUGAUUCGACCAGAGUGAAGCUGUCGUACCUGGAAGAUGACCCCUGCUCUGACUACAUCAACGCCAGCUACAUGCCUGGUAAUAACUAUCGCAGGGAGUACAUCGCCACUCAGGGCCCGCUGCCCGGCACCAAAGACGACUUCUGGAGGAUGGUGUGGGACCACGGUGUACACAACAUUGUCAUGGUUACGCAGUGUGUGGAGAAGGGACGGGUGAAGUGUGACCAGUACUGGCCUGCAGACAGAGAGCCGCUGUACUACGGUGAUCUGGUCAUUCAGAUGCUGUCAGAGUCCGUCCUGCCAGAGUGGACCAUCAGAGAGUUCAAGAUCACCUCGGAGAGCAGCUGUAGUUACCCUCGAGUGCUGCGUCACUUCCACUACACGGUGUGGCCCGACCACGGAGUCCCAGAGAGCACCCAGUCUCUGAUCCAGUUUGUUAGGACCGUCCGGGACUACGUUGACCGAUCUCCAAGCACAGGAGCCACGAUUGUACACUGCAGUGCUGGUGUUGGGCGUACAGGGACAUUUAUCGCCUUGGAUCGGGUUCUGCAGCAGUUGGACUCCAAAGGAACUAUAGACCUGUACAGCUGUGUGUUCGACCUCCGCCUUCACCGCCAACACAUGGUACAGACUGAGUGCCAGUAUUCCUUCCUGCACCAGUGUGUGCGGGAUGUCCUAAGAGCCAGGAAGCAUCGCAGUGAACAGGAGAAUCCUCUCUACCCCAUCUAUGAAAACUUCAACCCUGAGUACUGUCGUGAUUUCAUCUACUCUGGACGCUAAAACUUGAUGAUAUUCAUCUGAAGAGAGAAGAAUUAUGUCUACGUUAGCUUAUUGUGUCAAAAUGAGAUUCAUUAGAGAAUUUUAUCAACACACAAUACAAAACAAGGUCAAAUCAGUUUAAUGUUAAAGAAAAGUAACAAAUGAUUUAACGGAUUUCUAGUUUAAGAUUGAUUUUAAUAUUUAUGUCUAAAGUUCUUCUUUGUAGAUUUGUAGAAGGUAAAGCCCAACCCAAAAAAAACGAUUGAAGCUUUGAAAUAUUUUGUUCCCAGUUUGAAUAUUAACAGUAAAAGAAAUUAAAAAUAAACCUUUAAAUGUUAUAUUAAAAAAAAACAUGUUUUUUUGUAUCAUAGUAAAUCUAAUUUUAUUAAUUGUACCUUACUUUAAAUUAGUAUUGAUUUCUAUAAAAAUUUAAAAUCUAAACUUCUAUUUGAAAAAUAUUAUAACAUUAAAAUUUUCAUUUAGCCGAUAUCAUUUAAUUUAAAUGUGUUGUGGGAUUUCUCAGGAGAUGAAACGGGUUGAUCUCAGGUUGUUGGUGGUUAAAAAAUACGAGUUAAAUCUGAUUGUUAGCUAGCAAUGAUAGCAUACCCGCUAACCUCAAUAUAACAGAAUAGUUCCAGGGAGGAAAAGAGCCAUCCUUUCUUACUGUAUGUUUUCACUCACUGCUCAGUAUAAGCUGUUUAUUUAAAACCUUACACACAUUGCUGUAUGUAAAUAUUGAUGUAAUACUCUUUUUUUUUUACAAAACAUGAAAAUGUAAUUAUACAUUUGGACAAUAUUUUUCUUAUUAUUGAUUUUUGGUGUCACAUGGAUCAAACACGAGCGAGGAAUGUAAAGUGCUGUUCCCAGACAUUAAGUGUAACCUGCUUUAAGAUUGUAUAUUGAGAUUUGCAUAUGGUCAGUUUGAUUAAAUGUUUUAUAUUAAGUAUAUGUUGUCUUACAAUAUUAAAUAAAAGCAUGGAGAUAAACUCCCUUUUACUUAUAUCACAAAUAUUUAGUAUAUUUGUCUAAAUUCACGAUGUCUGGAAAUGAUUAUCUCGUGUGUGUGAUUUACAGAAAACUUUGAAUUUUCAAUUUAAUGUUCCAAAAUACUGUAAAAACAAUAUUAUUGAUACAUUUAUUAAUAUAAAUAUCCGUAUACAAGAUAAUAAUGUCAUCUUAUGUAUUAGGAGUAAUACAUUCCCAGAUGUAGACAUAAGUAUGUUAUUGAGAUUGAUAAAUAACGAAGGCCAAAGAAUGGACAUCUGUUUUGAUAUUUUGCUGUCAUACCAAUCUAAACUGGCUCUUUAAAUAAUAAUAAUAAAAUCAUUCAGAAAU